GUAGACGCUGAAUGCGGUGAUAACGCUAUAUGUGUUUUGGGUGUAGAUAUUCCUGUGUCUAGCCCUGUACUGGCUUCUGUCUGCUGGUCUCCUGAAAUGCAUGCUAAAAAGAAUUCCUGGCAUCUCCCUGUCAGCUUUUAGUCCAAUAAGGAAGCCACAGAUAUACAGCACAUGCUGCAGCUUCUGGAGCCUGGCUGCUUUCUGAAGGAUCAGGACAUCUGCAGUUACAGGAGAAGCGUGCUGGGGGCCUUGGCCGUCUCCUCUCUGCAGCCGCUCUGACUCUAUACAAAACCCUCUUCAAUGCGUGCCUAGUCCGAAAAGCCACUUGCUGAUCUCUGUUAAAAAGGGGCAAGAACAGAAGAAUGGCCUCGGGAAAAAAUCAGCACGGCAUGUAUAAUGGAUCCAAAGCUAGCCUGCCGCUAUCACAGGAAUACACUCAUGAACUGCAUGUGAAGAUGUGCAAGAAAAUCGCUCAACUAACUAAGGUAAUUUAUUCUUUGAAUCUCAAGAUUGAUGAAUAUGAAGUGAAUAUACUCACUCUAAAAGAAGCCCAACAAAAUGAAAUUGACCUAAUUUCGCAUGACACAAAAAAAAAAGUUCUCCAAUACGAGAACAUGUUAGAGGAGGAGAAGAACCUAAGACUGCAGAUACAGAAUCUUGAGGAGGCUCUGGAGAAAAAUAAUGUGAUAAAAGAACAAAGUUUAGCCGAUUUUGCCACUUACAAAAAACAGUCAGAAGAAAGGGAACUGAAGACCCAGUGUGAGCAAGCUGAAAGGAUAGCUUCCAUGUCGAAAGAAAUGCUCUCUAUGAAGACUGAUUAUGAAAACAGUCUGCAGCAACUCACAGAGGAGGCCGAUGCUCUAAGAAAAGAACGCUCCUCGAGUGACCAGGAGAAGUCUGUUGAAAAACUAAAUGAGAAACUUAAAAAAGAAAUCCAGGUGUUAAGCAAAGAAGUAGAAAAUCUGAAAACACAGAACGGAAAAUUAACAGAGGAAUACACACUUAAGACAAGCAAACUUCACAGCGGCUAUGUCAAAGAGAAGGAAAACUUAAGAAAAGCUCUGCAGCAGUCCGUCACAGAAAUGAUAAAACAGCUUCAAAAUAAGGAGCAGGAGCAGAGGAAGGGCAGCCAGGCUAAGGAGGCCGCUACACUACAAGAACUCCAACUGCUGAAAGAUGAUCUGGAGGCAAAGGAGCUGGAAAUACUGGAAGUCAAACAACAUUCUCAUAAAAUGAAGGACAUGGUACAGGAUUUGGAAGCCCAGCUGAGACAGAAAGAAGAGGAGCUAGCCGAGUCCAGAAAUAUUCAGAGAAAUGCAGCAGAGGAGCUUUCCGUGGCAAAGCAGAGAUUAUUACAGCAAGAGAACGAGAUCCAGAAGCAGACAGAACAGAUGAAGAGCAGCUCAUGUGCACAUAAGGCAGCUCUCGCUGAACUCGCUGAAUUUAAAAGUCAAAUGGAUCAACAGCAGCAGAAACCAGCCCGAAAAACGACUGCGAGUAAGAGAGACAGCGGGGACGUUGUGAAUGCUAAGCAGUACUCGAGAGAACAUUCUGUUCCAAAACAACAUAAAGAGGACAUCAGUAAAACAAAACGGCAGAAAGAGGCAGAGACAAAGCAUUUAAAAGAGCAGCAUGUGAAGAGUCGCGAAGACUUGGCAAAAAGUCAUGCAGCCGAGAUAAAAUCCAUCCAGACAUCUAUGGAGCAAGAGAAGAGGCGACUGCAGAAAGAUCAUGAAAUGCACAUAGAAGAGUUGAAAAAGACGAGUGAAUAUGAGAUAAAACAGUUGUUAGAAGAAAGAGAUGCACUCUAUGUCCAACUUCAGGAUUCCAUAUAUAAGCAGAAUAAAGCUAUUCUUCAGCAAUGUGAGUCCUCCAGUAGUGAAAGUAAAGAAAACGUGAGCCUGACCUCUGAAUCUAGAAGCAAAGAAAAGAAGAGAUGUGAAUGUGAUUGUCAUUCCUGCCAAGCUGCAGAAGCAUCACAGGAGUUCUCAGAAAAUACAUCUGGACAACAGGAAGAAAAUUCACAUAAUCAUUUAAAAAAGUUAAGUACUAAACUGGAAAAAUUUGAAACUGAGAUAUCCAGACUGGAGCAGGAGAAUGCAGUCUUAAGGGGUACAGUAGAACUUCUCAGCAAGGAGGUUACCAUUUCCCAACAAGAGGCUUUAGAGCUGAAUCAAGAUCAAACCAGGCAUCAGGAAGAAAUUAAACUGAAGCAAAAAAUGGAACUGGAAGUUCUGAGACAAAGUCACCAAAAAGAAAUGCAAGCCAUGGUGUCCAAGUUCAGUAAUGCCCAGUCUUUUCUUCAGGCGAAGGUUGUUGCAUUGGAAGCUGAACUCAAAGAUAUAGAAAAUAAGGGAAAGAAGCUUCCCCGUCCAGAGGAUCUGCAUCUGAUAAACUGCUUGCAGGAUAAACUGACUGAUAAGGAUCAGAUUAUUAAGCAUUUACUGGAAAUACAAAACUUUAAUGAUGAUAUGAUGCCAAUUACUCAAGAAACUCAUAGGAGUCAAUCCUUCUCCUGCAACCCAAAUGCUGGAAGCCUAACACCCACACUAAAGAAAAAGAAAAUUGGUGAGACACCAACCCGUGUUAUCAGCGUUCCUAAUUUAGCAGCUUAUGAAAAAAGCUUUAGUAAUAAUGCUACCACCAAAAAUACAGUCAAUCCAAUGAGAAAUUCCCCUAGUUUGGACCACAAGCCUGGUUACCCUUUCAGACCACCGGCACAGCUCCUAGAUAUCAUACGUCCUAACAGGCGCAAUCCCUGCAAUGUGCCAUCGAAGACAGAAUUAAAGGAUCAAGAGACCAAGCGCCCGGAAUGGUUCACCAAAUAUUUUUCAUUUUGAACAAAGAUGACCAAUCAACCGGAUAAUGCACCCCCUGACUCUGAUAUGUAACACCAUCAUGACUGCACUCCAUUCACCGCCAUAAAAGCUUUGCUGUAAAAUUUAAUUUUAUUAAUAAAAUAUCCUUUGAACUUUUUUUAUUAUAUAAAGAU